AUGGCAUCCAAACCCACAGUCAUCAUCAUCGGCGGCUCAUUCGCAGGGCUUGGUGUUGCCAAAUCCCUAUUGAAAGAAGUGCCGUCAGUUAAAGUGACCCUGAUCAACCCUUCCGAGAAGGCUUUUUUUAAUAUUGCUGCGCCGCGCAUCUUCGCGAAUCCGGACUCGUUCGCACCCGAUCAGUACCUCAUCGACAUAAAAGACACUUUCAAAAAGUACCAGUCCAGCACAUUCGAGUUUGUGCAGGGUUCGGCGACCGCGAUUGAUCCCACUGCGAAAACUGUGUCGGUCUCAGCUACGAAUGUGACUCUCCACUACGAUAUUCUGGUCAUCGCCUCAGGCAGUACCACAGCUUCAGCAAUUGGGAAAGAUAGUGCAUCGGUACUUUUCAAGUCAGCGAACACCAAUGAUAUAGAGAGCAUGAUCCGAUCCGGCCAGGAAGAAAUUGCUAGUGCGAGAACAUUUCUUAUUAUCGGUGGCGGACCUGUUGGGGUAGAGUUCGCGGGGGAGCUUGCAGACACUCUCCAGAGCAGGACCGGCGCCAAAGUUACCUUGGUUACUCAAUCUGAUCGCCUUCUUUCAGGACUGAAGGAGGCUGCGUCUACGACAGCAAGACGUCUCUUGGAAGAUAGGAAUAUCAGCGUUCAUACCCAACGCAAGGUACUGCGCGUCGCGCAAGACUCAAUCACCAAGGAAUGGACUGCUACAUUUGAUGGUGGCGAUGAAAUCACGGUGGAUCUUUGCAUCUCAACGACUGGGGCUUUGCCGAACAAUUCAUUCAUCCCUGCUGAAUUUCUCUCCGAGAACGGCUGGGUGAGAGUCAACGAUGCAUUCAAGGUGCAAAGUGGUACCAAUCAAACGGUCGAUUCUGUCUACGCUGUGGGAGAUAUCACAACAUAUACAGACCGUCUGGCCUCAAAGAUUCGGGAACAGGUCCCCAUCGUCACAGCGCAUAUCAAGGCUGAUAUCAUGGGCAGCGGUCCGCGGCCCAGAUACGCAGCGAACGGCUCCCUGAUGAUGCUAGUGCCUGCUGGUAGAUCCGGUGGUACUGGACAGCUGUUUGGCUGGGUUCCCUGGAGUUGGCUCGUGUCUAUGAUUAAGGGUAAGGAUUACUUUAUCUCACAGGCGGCUAGCUUUCUGGGCGGUAGUUAG